CUUCCGGGUCGUUGAAGAACGGCGCACUGGCUCCUCCGUCAGCUAGUCGCAGCCGAGCAGCAAUGGUGCUCGGAGCGUCCGCACUCAGACUUUUGGGAAUCUCGGAGGAGCAAAUGAAAUGCCGGGGAAUAUGAGUAAAGAGGAUGGGCCUGGUCGGAGCGCGUCCCUGACGUUCACCAUCGACAACAUCCUCAACCUGAAGCAGCGGGACGGACCCAGGGCGCAGCCGGACUCUGGAUGGAAAAAUGAGUUUCAAGUGCGCUUUGAGGAGAUGUGGGACGUCCGGAGGAGGCAUGACAGCUGCCCGGAGGACGCAGCGCACGCGAAGCACCGCGGGGAGAGCGCGGCGCCACCGACCACCGGCUCCAGCCCCGGGACGCACGGCGCGCACGGCACCGAGGACGAAAAGGACGACAAGCGGCAGAAACACGCGCAGACCCACGCGGAAACCAAAGCUCUGGUGAAGAAGAAGACCCGCACCAUCUUCUCCAAGAGGCAGAUCUUCCAGCUGGAGGCCACCUUCGACAUGAAGCGGUACCUGAGCAGCUCGGAGCGGGCCUGCCUGGCCAGCUCCCUGCAGCUCACAGAGACCCAGGUCAAGAUCUGGUUCCAGAACCGGCGCAAUAAGCUCAAGAGGCAGCUGUCCACGGACAUGGAGGGGCCGCUGGCCAACGAACACUUCACGGACGCGGGGAAAAACGUGCAAUUCCAGACUUUUUACAAAGACAGCAGCCUGAUGGGCGGAUGUUUGUUACCGAUGCCGUUCCCGGUCCUGUACCCGACGGCGAACGCGGCGCCUUACAUUUACUUCUCCAACACUGGCAAAUACCUGGGCCUGUUCGACACGGACUGAGGAUUCCUCUGCGUGGACGGGCGGCGACAACGCGUGGAAGUGGGAUGAACUUUUCGUCUUAUUUUGGCUUUAGGCCGGACACUUUCCUUUUUUUUAAUGCAUUAAAUACAUUCAACUGAUCAUAUCAACAAACCAAGACAUGCAUGUGCCACUUUUAUACCUCCCUAAAUCUUUUUAUUAUUAUUAUUAUUAUUAUUAUUAUUAUUAUUAUUAUUAUUAUUAUUAUUUUCUUCAGAGAAAGCAUGAAUUCCAGAUUUUCCAGCCGUUUUAAUAUCUUUUGAAUGAAUGUCCGCUGAUGCUGCAUUGACUUUCUAUUUUCUUUUCUUUGGACUAAUCCUUCAUGUGUAUUUAUGGCCUUAUUGAUGUUCAUUCAAACACGUCUAUCAUGUUUUUUUUUUUAAUUUCAUAUGACAGACUGUUAAACUGUGAAUACAGUUUGUAUAUUAUGACAAUGAUAAUGAUGAUGAAUUUUGCAAUAAAAUGUGAUAUUCGCA